AUGAACGUCGAGUUCGGCAUAGAAGUGCCCGGCGAGGCCAAUCCCCUCACCGAGGGCCUCUUGUUCCACGUCCUGCGCUCGGCCGCCUCCACCGACCCGCAGCAGAUCCAGACAGGCACCAAGCAGCUGCAGGCGUGGGAAAAGGCCCGCGCCUUCUACCCGCUGCUGCAGACCGUCUUCCUCGACAAGUCGCUGCCCCUCGAGGUCCGCUAUCUGGCCGCCAUCCAGCUCAAGAACGGCAUCGACAAGUACUGGCGCAAGACGGCCACCAACGUCGUCCCAAAAGAAGACAAGGCCGCCAUCCGCGCCCGCCUGCUCGAGAGCGCCGUCCACGAGGCCGACCAGCGACUGGCCCUGCAGAACGCCCUUGUCGUCGCCAAGAUUGUCCGAUUCGAGUUCCCCAACGACUGGCCAGACCUCUUCCAGCAGCUCCUGCACAUCCUCCGCGCCUCGACCGACCCCGGCGCCUACCGCCUGCAGCUGCCCCGCGCCCUCCUCGUCCUGCUGUACAUCGUCAAGGAGUUGUCGACGGGCCGCCUGCUGCGGACGCGCCAGAGCCUGCACACGGUCGCACCCGACAUCUUCAAUGUCCUCGCCACCAUCUACGUGAACAAGGUACAGACAUGGCAGUCGCUCCUGCGCGACGCCGGCGAGGGGGAAGGAGGCGCCCUUGAGAGCAUCGAGCACAGCUUGAUCGCCAUCAAGAUUAUUCGUAGACUGCUCGUUGCCGGCUACGAGUUCCCAGGCAGGGAGAAGGACGUGCAGCAGUUCUGGACACUGACGCGAUCGCACUUUGGCCACUUCUUCCAGUACGUGUCUGCUGAGAACUCGCCGCUUGGGGAGAGCGUGCAGAGCUGGAUCGAGAAACACUUGAUGCAGCUCUCCAAGCUCCACCUAAACAUGGCCCUUACGCACCCUGCCAGCUUCGUGCUACUACCCAACUCAAUUCCUCUUGUGCGCGACUACUGGACCCUGAUUGCGCGACUAGGUGAGACAUGGGGCUCCAAGUCGCUCGACGCCGCGCAGAUGGGCACAGACGGGGACGCAGAAGACGAGCCGCCCGUGCUCGAACGACUCGGCCUAAAGGGCCUUCUCUUGAUACGCGCGUGUGUGAAGAUAGUCUUUUACCCCACGCAGACCUUCAAGUACAAGCAGCAGCAGGAGAAAGACGAGCGGUUCCAAGCCACGCAGGCCGUCAAGCUGGAGCUCCUCACAGACGAUCUUGUACGUGAGAUGAUCUCAACCCUGGUCACGCGCUUCUUCGUCUUCCGGCCGAGCGACUUGCGCAUGUGGGAAGAAGAGCCCGACGAUUGGGAGAAGAGGGAAGAAGGCGCUGAGGAUUGGGAGUUCGCCAUUCGCCCUUGCGCUGAGAAGCUGUUCCUAGACCUCGCAAAGAAUUUCAAAGAUUUGAUCGUCCAGCCGCUGCUCCAAGUCUUCUACUCUGUUGCCACACCGGAGAAUGAAGACAUUCUGUUCAAGGACUCGGUCUACACCGCCAUCGGUCUUGCUGCUGACAUACUGCACGACCAGCUCGACUUUGAUGCUUUUCUCCAAAACACGCUUGUCGCUGAAGUAGGCAAGCAGAAGCCUGGCUUCAACAUCAUCCGCCGCCGCAUCGCCAUUGUCAUCUCGCAGUGGAUCGCCAUUAAGAUCGCCCAAGAGAAGAAGCCGAUUGUGUAUCAGAUCUUCCAACACCUGCUGGACACGAGCGACCCACUUAACGACCAAGUCGUUCGCGUUACUGCUGGACGGCGAUUCAAGGACAUUGCUGACGAGUGGGAGUUCCAUGCCAACAACUUCCUACCGUAUGCGCCGACUACACUCGAGAGGCUGAUGGCGCUUGUGCGAGAGGUCGAUCUGCCAGACACGAAGAUGGCCCUUCUCAACACCAUUAGUAUCAUAGUAGAGAGACUCGAGUAUCAUAUUACACCAUACGCCAACAGCAUCGUCACCCUCCUCCCGCCGCUCUGGGAGCAGUCUGGCGAGGAACACCUCAUGAAGCAAGCCAUCCUCACCCUCCUCGCCCGCCUGACGAACGCGAUGAAAGCAGAAUCCCGAUCCUUCCACGUCUCGUUUCUCCCCAUCAUCCAGAGCGCCAUUGAGCCAGAGUCGGAAACACAAGUCUACCUCCUCGAAGACGCACUCGAUCUGUGGUCGUCAAUCGUUGCGCAGACACCUUCCGCGCCCGAACCCACACCUCCAGAACUACUCAACCUCCUGCAGUAUCUUCUUCCUCUGUAUUCGAUGGACAACGACACCCUUCGCAAGGCCAUCGAGAUCACUGAAGCUUACCUCCUCCUCGCACCCGCUUCUGUGCUGGCAGACCAUUUUCGGUCCGCUUUGUUGCAGGCUCUCGCAGACCUCCUCGGUAACCUCAAGCCCGAGGCCAACGGCAUCUUGACGCACUUGACGCAGUGCGUGAUUCGCGGUGCCGAGGGAGUUGGCGGCGAGGCAGCGGUCCACGUCUUGACACAAGACCUCAUCUCGACCGGCUUCUUCGCCAAGGUCCUCCAAGGUCUCCACGGCGCCUGGUCCCACCAUCAAUCCCACGGCCCGUACCGCGAACUGCCCUCGCAUGCCGUCGACGGCGUAGUCGAAACCGACUACUUCACAGUCCUCGCGCGCAUCGGCCUCGCAUCGCCGAAUGUCCUGCUCGAAGCCCUUUCCUCCGCCGGUGAGGCAGACCUGCAAAAGACGCUCGACUGGCUGCUGGAAGAGUGGUUUAGCCACAUCGAGAACAUCGGCGACGCGCCCGGCAAGAAACUCAUGACACUCGUGCUAACCCGACUCCUCGAGACAGGCCAGCCAUGGGCGCUGGGCCGGCUGCAGAAUUUCAUGGCGCUGUGGACCGAUGUGUUGGGCGAGCUGCUCGAUGGCAUGGACGAUCAGAGUGUCGAUUCACUGUACUGGCCCCCCGAGCCCUACAACCCCACCGAGCCCGAAGCCCCCGAGGACGUGCGGAAGCGUGACCUCCUGUAUUCGGACCCCGUGCACCAGAUCAACCUCGUCGCUUUCGUGCGCGAGCACCUGCAGCAGGCCGUGCAGACUGCGGGCGGAGAUCAGCAGUUUCAGGAGGAGUGGUUAAGCAGGGUGGAUGGCGAUGUGCUGAAGGGAUUUGGGGCUCUAGGGAUUAUGUAA